AAUAGAAUAAUUUGAAAUACCAAUAGGAAAAUACAGAAUACAAACUUCGUGCAGCUCAUUCACUCCACGCUCCUCCGCCCUCGCCUCGCUCCUCGCUCCUCUUCUCUCCGGCCAUCCUCCGGUCUCGUCACUGAACAGGUUCUCGACGUAAAAGAUUACAGGGGAAGCAUCUCUCAGGCACAGAACAUGCAAUAAGAUCCCUACUGGCGUGUUUACUUACAAAGCGAGCGGCUUAACGAAAGAGCUUCUUGUGUCUAGGGUUAAGCAUCUGAGUACGCUAACUCACAGCUUUAAGGCUAUGGUUGCUAUUGCCGCUGCCUCCUCAAUGGUCGAUAAUACCCCUCUUCAGAAGAGGCAAAAGAUUUUGCAACAGAGAAAAUCUUUACCUAUUGCUACAGUUGAAAAGAGGCUUUUGGAGGAGGUUAGGAAAAAUGAUACAUUGAUUAUUGUUGGUGAAACUGGAAGCGGAAAAACUACUCAGUUACCACAGUUUCUUUACAAUGGGGGAUUUUGCCGUGAUGGUGGAUUAAUUGGGAUCACUCAACCUAGACGUGUUGCUGCAGUGACUGUUGCUAAAAGGGUAGCUGAGGAAUGUGGCAGUCAGGUUGGCCAGCGAGUUGGUUAUGCCAUUAGAUUUGAGGAUGUCACCUCCAACAUGACUAAGAUCAAAUAUAUGACCGAUGGACUACUGUUAAGGGAAGCACUACUGGACCCUUAUCUCUCCAGGUAUGCAGUUAUAAUCAUAGAUGAGGCUCAUGAGAGAACUGUUCAUACUGAUGUCCUGCUCGGGUUGCUCAAGAGAGUACAAAAGACUAGGUCACAAUAUGCCAACAAGCAGUCAAAUGUUGACUUGAUGAAGGCCAAUUUUAACACACUCAUAAAGAGAGAAGAAAAUGGCCCAGGCGUUGGUAAUCUCCAGCAGUGCCAAAGGAGGAAUUCUAAUCCAUUGAAGUUGAUUAUCAUGUCUGCUAGUUUGGAUGCACGGGGCUUUUCUGAGUUCUUUGAUAAUGCAAAAGCUGUCCAUGUUCAAGGGCGACAAUUUCCUGUGGAUAUAUAUUAUACUUUUCAGCCCCAGACAGAUUGUGUAGAUGCAGCUUUACUAACUAUAUUUCAGAUACAUCUGGAGGAGGGUCCUGGGGACAUACUUGUCUUCUUGACGGGCCAAGAAGAGAUUGAAUCUGUUGAGAGGCUUGUUCGCAACCGCAUUCGGCAGUUACCAGAAGGCAGCCAAAAUCUAUCUACUUUUCCUAUUUUUUCAUCUCUUCCCUCAGAGAAGCAGUUGAAAGUGUUCGCGCCUGCUCCGCCUGGAUUUCGCAAGGUGAUACUGGCAACUAAUAUAGCUGAGACCUCAGUGACAAUACCUGGAAUCAAGUAUGUUAUUGACCCUGGUUUGGUGAAGGUGCGAAGUUACUCUUCCGAAUCUGGGAUAGAUUCCUUGAUAACAGUUGAAACUUCAAAAUCCCAGGCUCACCAGAGGAGUGGGCGUGCUGGACGUGAAGGACCAGGAAAAUGCUUUCGUCUUUAUCAAGAGAGUUUAUUUGACAAGCUUCCCGAUUCAACAGUACCAGAGAUCAAGAGGCUGGACUUGUCAAAUGUUAUAUUGCAGCUUAAAGCUCUAGGCAUUGACGACAUUUUUGGAUUUGACUUCAUGGAAAAACCAGACGAAAAAGCUGUCAUAAGAUCAUUGGAAACAUUGUUCUUGCUAGGCGCUUUAACAGAUGAAGCAAAACUAUCGAAUCCAGUUGGGCAACAGAUGGCCCGGCUUCCAUUGGAUCCUAUGGAUUCAAGGGCAAUCCUCCUUGCUAGUCAGUUCAAUUGCUUAAAAGAGAUGUUAAUAGCUGUUGCUAUGCUUUCCGUGGAGUCCAUCUUUUAUGCACCCCCUGAUAAGCUUGAACAGUCACGUGCAGCAAUGAGAUGCUUUUCAAGUCCAGAGGGAGACCAUCUGACUUUAAUUAAUGUCUACUGCACUGCUGACGAGUUCUUCGAAAAAAGCCUGGCAAGUAAUAGUAAAGAAAAAGCUGAAAAGAAUUUGAGAAAUUGGUGCAAGGAAAAUUUUAUCAAUAGCCGCUCUCUGAAGCAUGCUCGUGACAUUCACAGUCAAAUCCUCGAUAAUGUAACUCGUAUGGGUCUUCGUGUCACUUCAUGCGGGGAUGACAUGCUUCAGUUCCGCAGAUGUCUUGCUGCAUCCUUUUUCUUAAAUGCUGCUCUGAAGCAGCCUGAUGGCAUUUACAGGGUUUAUCGAAGUGGCCAGAUGGCACAAAUCCACCCAUCUUCUGUGUUGUUCAGGAGUAAACCGGAGUGCAUAAUAUUCAAAGAAUUAGUCCAAACUACUCAAAGCUAUGUUCGGAAUGUCACCAGGAUAGACCCUCUGUGGUUAUCGGAGCUGGCUCCUCAGUAUUUUGGGGUUCAAGAAUAGAGUUUUGUCAUCUUGUGUCGAUGCACAAGGUAAUCAGGUAUUGUAUCAGGAAGACUGAAAGGGAAGGAAAUACAGUGGUUGAAGCAUUUGCUGGUGCUUACUCGAAAAUGUUAGAUAUUCAACCUCAAUUUACCUACGGGAAGUGUGUGGUUUAACUGCUUUUGCUCUAGCAGUUAUCUGUACAAUACUUGCAUAUCAACUGCAGUAAGACAAGCUAUUUCAUGGUUUACUCCAGUGGUACUAAUUCUUCAUGUAGCAAACCACCGCACUGGUGCUGGAACAUUCCAUAUCUACAGAAAGACACACAUGUAUUGUAUCUGGUGCUUAAAAGAGGACAACUUAAUUGAAGGCACGGAAUCGCUGCUCAAUGAGAUUUUUUUGUGAUUGAAACACUGGGGGGCAACUAAGGAGUUUCUGAGGCCUUGGUAGAUUGUUGACUUGUAUGAGGUUAACUAAGUAGAUGGUAGUGUCAUUUCUCCAAAAGAUGCGAGCUUGAGAUGUUAGUAGUGCAUACAAAUAUAUUUGAGUUGGAACCAUUUAGAUGUCCAGUGACCAGUGAUGCCCUUGGGUGAGAAAAUUUGAUUACAGUUACUAUUUUGCUGCUUAAUGUACGAAGUAUGUAAUAAAAAUAAUUCAAGUC